CUAGAGAGGAAAAGAGUUCCUAGCCAGAGCAAAAUCCUCAGUUCCUCCACGCAAUUUAUCCAAGAACAUGAAGCCGAUCACUGUGGCAGUCCUCUUUGCGCUAAUUUUCGCCCUCGGCGUGAAUUCUGCGUCCGUAAGCCUUUCCAGCAGCCAACUGACGCUCAAUGGUAACGCUCACAUUCAGUUUUACGGUCCCAGAGAAGCGAUUUGGGCUGGUUUAUCCAACGGUCACAGAUAUCCCAUCAUUAACAGUGGAGAUCGGAUCGCUUUGCGGUCAGCCUAUCAUUCUGGUAGCUAUGUUAACUACUGGAUGCGCUGCACCACUUCGAAUUGCCAAUGGUAUACAUGCCCUGGCCAAGUGAUGACUUCAUCAGCUUGGUCCUCGUGCUCAAGUAGCAUGUUUUAUUACAUUUACGCCAUGGGAAAGAUGUACGGCCAGCCAAUCAACAGCGGUGAUGUAGUGUCGCUGAGUAGCCAAGCAUAUGGAAGCAAAUACCGGUUGUAUUGUUCUACAUCAAGCAGCUCUAAAUGUUACAUGACUUCCAGGUACGCUACUGAUGGUACUCCAGUGCAGUACGGCGAUAUCGUGGCCUUUAAAUACCCGUUCGCUUAUAAUAGCGCCUGGUUGUAUUACAGAAGCGGCUAUUUUUAUCCUCGCAGCUGCAGCUCAAACAGCAAAACCUCUUGCGCCGCUGAAAAUACCACCACUGGCUUCAAGAUCUUUAAAAAGUUGUAAAACAUAACAUCCACAACUGAUGAAACUUCCAAAAGGAUUUCAGCCAGAAAAGUUUCAGUCGCAAGUUAAACUGUAUUUUAUCGUUUGUCAGAGAUAAUAAAAUCGACAAAAGUUGAAAAACGC